AUGACCUCAGAUUUGGAGGUGCUGACUCUCAACCUGACCGCCCCAGGAACCCCUGCAGUGUCUCUGUACACCAGUGAGAUGGCGGCUGACCCCGCCACUCCGUCGCUGGCCAUCCUGAGCUCUGCAGAGGCCGCAAGUCAGCACUCCGCUCUUCUGAUGGUGACGAGUCAGCCGUCACCUGACCUCACCUCUGUGCCCUUUGGUCUGAGUCUACCUGCUCAGGAUGAUGCCACAGGACAGGAGACUUCCCAGAACUCCCUGCAGCGGUCUGUGCCGGCUGCUGGUCAGCCUGCAGGACGAGCUGCAACAGUCUCAACAGCAGAGAGAAUCAAACCUGUGGAGUCAUCAGCAGAUGUCUCUGAACCUCAGGUGGAGCUCACAUCAGGCGUCAGGAAGGAUAUCAGGACUAAGAAGGAGAAUCAACAACAGAGGCGAGUUUUUUGUGAGAAAUGCAACAAGGGUUUCCACUACCGACAUCAUCUGAAGCAGCACAUGAGCUGUCACGACAAACCUUUCUCCUGUGACCAGUGCGACAAACGCUUCCACAGGGAGAAGACUCUGCAGACUCACCUCCAGAGACACAAAGUGAAACAGCAAGAGAGAAGCAAAUGCUGCCGUGCAGCCGCUGUGACAGACAGUUCAGACUCCAGAGGAAUCUGGAGGCACACCUGUUACGCCACGAACGCAGACGUCCUUUUUCUCCGAUUCAGAGUGCACUCAGAGGAGCGGCCGUUCAGAUGCACCGACUGCGGCAAGACGUUCAAGCUGAAGCGAGAGCUGGUGCAGCACCAGGUCGUCCACACGGGGGAGAAACCCUUCAGAUGCGAGGAGUGCGGGGCAGAGUUCUCAGGAAGUUGUGCAUUCAAGACCCACAUGCUUGUUCACGGUGCCAAAAAGCCGUUGAUGUGUGACCUGUGCGGGAAGACAUUUUUUUACAACUCUAAACUGCUGGAGCACCAACAGGUGGUGCACCAGGACCGAGAGACGCCACAGAAAGAUGGUCAGAAAGGUUUGUCUAGAGUUCACGUAGAGGAAAACAACUUCAUCUGCGCCACCUGUAGGAAGUCCUUCCACCGUAAAUGCACGUUUGUUCACCACAUGUGGCGGCACGGCAAGGAGAUGUCAAACAGCUGCCGUCUGAAGGAGCACAUAACACUCCACACCGGGGAGAAGAGGUAG